AUGGAGGGCAGCAUCAAGGAAGUGUUAGCAUAUUGGAUGGAAGGCGAAAUUAGUAAUUUCAUCAAGGUAUGGCUAUCCGCCUACCUUUCCCUCGUCUACUGCUACUUCGCCGCCAGGACCCUCCCCGCCGGCCGCCACAGGCUCGCUGCCUUCCUCCCCGUCGUCUUCCUCUUCCUCCUCCUCCCCCUCCGCCUCUCCUCCGUCCACCUCACCGGCACCACUGCCUUCUUCCUCUCCUGGCUCGCCAAUUUCAAGCUCCUCAUGCUCGCCGCCGGCAACGGCCCACUAUCCGACGACCCCUCCCUCUCCCUCCCAGGAUUUGUUGCCGUCGCCUGCCUCCCCAUCAAGCUCCGCUCCAAAAACCCUAAACCCGACGAGAAUUUUGGGGAUAAAGGCAAAUCGAUCUUCAAUUACGCCGCCAAAGCCCUCCUAUUGGCCCUGAUUUUCCAGAUCUACGAUUACGGCGAGUAUAUGCGCCCGAGGGUGCUGAUGGCGAUCCAGAGCUUACACGUGUACCUGAGCCUGGAGCUCAUGCUGGCGGUCGCGGCGGCGCUGGCCCGCGGCCUGGUCGGCGCCGAGCUGGAGCCGCAGUUCGACGAGCCGUACCUCUCGGCGUCGCUGCAGGACUUUUGGGGACGGCGCUGGAACCUGAUGGCGACGCGGGCGCUGCGGCCGACGCUGUACCUGCCGACGCUGGGGUGGGCGGGACGGGCCGUGGGGCGGAGGUGGGCCCCGCUGCCGGCGGUGGCGGCCACGUUCCUGGUGUCCGGGCUGCUGCACGAGCUGAUAUUCUACUACUUGAGCCGCGCGCGCCCCACGUGGGAGGUCACGUGGUACUUCGUACUGCACGGCGCGUGCCUGGCGGGGGAGAUCGCGGUGAAGAAGGCAGCCGGAGGGAGGUGGCAGCCGCCGCGGGCGGUGGGGACGGCCCUUACGGUGGGGUUCGUGAUGGGGACGGCAAUUCGGUUGUUCUUCCCGCAGCUGCUAAGGGGCGGUGCGUACGAACGGGGGCUGGCGGAGGCGGCGGCGGUCGGAGCAUUCGCUAGGGACCUUGUGCGGGCGGUCAAGCUGACGGUCAGCUCAUAG